AUGUACGAGAAGCUCAAAAGAAAGAGCAUCAAUCCCAAUUUACAGGAUGCUAUAUCAUCCCCACGACAACAACAGCCCCCACCUUGUGUCGCUCCACCAGCUCCACCUGGCAUGCCACAUCGUCCAUUAGGGCCUGGAGCAACUCACUUGUAUCAAACAAACAGCUUUGCUAGGCCAUCUGGCCCUCCAUACAAUAACAGUGGCCCAACGGAUGAGGAUCUAAUGUCUAGACUUGGGAGAGCCUCAAACAUUACUGCUGGAAGAUCUGUCUUUGUGCUACCUCAAUCGCCAGCAGUACAGAGCCAUCAUAGUCGCCUUCGUCAUGACCAUCACAGACCUUCCAGGAUUCCAUCGCCAUUGACUGCUCCUGAUAACUCUAUGCUUUCUUACCGACAUCAUCUGUCAAGACGAGAUAGCUUGGAUCGUGAAAGCCAGAUGCCACCGACUGCCACUUCUGCGGCUGAGUUUUACCACCAACGACAGCCACCACCACAACAUGAGCAACAAUUACUACCCUAUCAACACAAGCAUCGUCGCAAGGGCUCUCCUGCAUCGCAAUACUAUCAUAAAUUUGUGGAAAAAUCUCGACACAAGUAA